AAAGUAUCUCUGAACACAGUCAUUGAGCGGAUGUUCCUUUUUCCAAACAAUGAACUUCCGGUAUCGGAAGUAGCAUUUGGAAAUCAAAGCGACUUGCGUAGCUAACUGAAAUUUAAAUUCAGUCUAAUCUACAAUGCAUUUUUAGACAUUUUAACCUUUGCGCUCUAUAAGUCUUGCGAAUAAAGUCGCCUUCAAGGAAUCCUUUUGAUCAACCUGUUCGGUGUUGACAUUAUUCAUCAACAACUUGCGAUAAUGACACCAGUGGUGGAGUAAGCUAUUUUAACCUUACGAUGAAGUAUUUGGUCCUUGUAGCCUUUUGGGCUCCUUGUUGGGUCAAUUGUGCGAUUAAACCAAGUGCCAUUGAGGAAGAAACACGGGAAAAUGACCCGGAGUUAGAGGCUCUGAGUUCGUUGCUGUCUGACUUUGAGGUGCUGCCCGUGUCUGGCCUCCAGCAUCACUCGGUCAGGAAGAGGGACGCCCACACCCAGUCCCACCUGGAGCGCCUGAUCAGCUUCAGCGCCCUCAAGAGACAUUUCAAGCUUUACUUGACAACUAACACAGACUUGUUCACUGAGGACUUCAAAGCUGUGUUUGUAGAUAAGCAAGGGAAGGAGGACAGCUAUGAUGUUCAGCUUCAGAACUACUUUACCGGACAUCUUGUAGGAGAGGAGCACUCCCGUGUGCAGGCACACAUAGACGGGGACGAGUUCUCGGCCCACAUCUUGACAGAUGAGACAGAGUACAAUGUAGAGCCCCUGUGGAGGUUCACCGAGGCGUCCCCCGAUGGUCGUCUAUUGGUGUACCGGUCAGAGGACAUCAGGAACCUCAGCCGCCUGGCCUCGUCCAAGGUGUGUGGAUACGUCCACGCUGGGGCCCAGGACUUACUGCCAGAGGCCGCUAGAGGUGGAGAGGCACAGGAGGAUUCCCUCCACAGAGCAAAGAGAGCGGCCCACAACCACAAGAAGAACACCUGUCCUCUAGCCCUGGUGGCCGACUACCGCUUCUUCAAACACAUGGGCCGUGGAGAGGAGAGCAUCACACUCAACUACCUGAUUGAGUUGAUUGACAGAGUGGACGACAUGUACAGGAACACAACCUGGGAUGACGAGUUCACAGGAUACGGUGUUCAGAUCCAACAGAUCAUUAUCAACAAGGAGCCGACCAAUGCGCCACUUGGCCAGGCAGGGCCGGGCUGGACCCACUACAACAUGAAGGGAAGCCCCAUCCAAGGCAAGGAGGUGUGGGAUGUCAAGAAACUGCUGGAGCAAUUCAGCUCGGAUAUAGCGGACAAUGCUAGCACUGUGUGCCUGGCCCACCUGUUCACCUACCAGGACUUUGACGAGGGAACACUGGGCCUGGCCUACGUGGCCCCCUCUAAAGCCCAGGCUCUGGGGGGCCUCUGCCCCAAACCUUACUAUCCAUCUCAUUCCGUCAAGAAACCCAGCUACCUCAACACUGGUUUAACCAGCACCAAGAAUUAUGGUAAAACCAUUCUAACCAAGGAAGCAGAUUUGGUGACAACCCAUGAAUUGGGUCAUAACUUUGGGGCGGAGCACGACCCUGACAACAUCCCCUACUGUGCCCCAAGCGAUGACCAUGGGGGCAAGUUUGUCAUGUACCCUAUCGCUGUGAGCGGGGACCACUACAACAACAAGCGGUUCUCCGACUGCAGCAAGAUCUCCAUAGGGAAGACGCUGCGCUUCAAGGCCCCUAUCUGUUUCAAGGAGAGGAACAGCAAGGUGUGUGGGAAUUCCCGCGUGGAGGAGGGGGAGGAGUGCGACCCGGGCAUGCUGCACCGCAACAACGACCCGUGCUGCUCCGCCGACUGCAAGUUCAGGCCCGAGUCCCAGUGCAGUGACAGGAAUAGUCCGUGCUGUAAGAAAUGCAAGUUUGAGCAGGCAGGGAAGACGUGCCAGGAGCCCAUCAACGCCACCUGUAAGGGCAUGUCCCUCUGCACAGGUGACAGCAGUGAGUGCCCAGCCCCAGACAACGCCCCUGACAAUACCAUCUGUGUGGACAGUGGGAGGUGCAGAGACGGGGAGUGCAUGACCUUCUGUGAGGCCGUGCAGAGCCUGCAGCCCUGUGCUUGUAAUGAGACAUACGACUCCUGUAAGGUGUGCUGUCGGGACAAAAAUGGUGCCUGCACUCCCUUCGUCAAAAGCGACGGGAACGUCCUGUACCUGCGCAAAGGGAAACCCUGUACUGUGGGCUUCUGUGAUGAGGCCGGUAGAUGCAUGAAGCAAGUCCAGGAUGUGAUCGAGAGGUUGUGGGAUUUCAUCGACAAGCUGGACAUCAACACAUUCGGGAAGUUCCUAGCAGACAAUAUAGUGGGCUCAGUGGUGGUGUUCUCUCUAGUCUUCUGGAUCCCUCUCAGCAUCCUGGUGCACUGUGUGGAUAAAAAUCUGGACAAGGAGUAUGAGGAGAACACCAAGACCAUGUACUUCCCCAGCAACGCAGAGAUGCUGAGCAGCCUCGAGUCGGCCUCCGUCCGCAUCGUCAAGCCACCUCCGCCUCCCAGCUUCUUCUCCGCCGCUCGGAUCCCACCCCACUCCCUUCCUUCUCUACCCCCAACGGGCCCGUCUGCCUCAGGCAGCAGCAGUACCCCAGCCCCAGGCUCGGCUUCGGGCCCUGGCCCGUCCUCGGGGAGCAUAGUGGUGGUGGGGGAGGGCCCACGGAUGGCCACCAUCCAGGAGGAUCCCAGCUGCGACUCUCACCUCGACCUGGACAAGGACGACUUCCCUCCUCGCGGAGGCUCCAACGCCACCAAGUCUUCAUACGAGGACCUGACGGCGGAGCAGAGCACGCCACGCUCGGGCCGCCACGACAAGCGCCGCCUCAAGAGGCAGGCCUGCGUGGUGGACAGUAAAGAGACCCAGUGCUGAGGGAACAUGUGUUUGUAUAUGUACGAACACACAGUCCAGAAUAGAUACAGUAUGUAGGUACACGCAUACAGACACAUGUAUAUCCAUGCACAUAAUAGAUUACACUAUAAUAGUAGAUGCAGGUAACUACCAAAAUAAAGAAAAUGCUUGAGUAAAUGAGGGAUACAAAGUAUAUUGAAAGCAAGUGCUUCCACACAGGUCUAGUCCUGUGUUAAUUAAGCAAUUAAAUGUAUAAAAAUGCCCAGUUCCCAAUUAUUUUGGCUACCAUGGCUAGAAGAAAUCUCUGUGACUUUGAAAGAGGGGUCUGAAAGGAGCAACGACGGUUUAAAGUGUGUGUGUGUCACCAGAUCUCAACCCAAUUGAAAACUUAAAAGGGAAAUUCUGGAGUGGUGCCUGAGACAGCAGUUUUUCACCACCAUCAAUAAAACACCAAAUUAUGGAAUUUCUUGUGGAAGAAUGGUGUUGUAUCCAUACAAUAAAAUCUCCAGGAACUUGUAGAAUAUAUGCUAAGGCGCAUUGAAGCUGACCUGGCAGCCCAACGUUAAGACCUUGUCGGUAUUUCUUGAAGUUUGGCAGAUACCUGUACAUGCAUACAUGACUAAACAUUGGACACCCACUGUUAUAGUACACACACACAAACACCCACUCAUAGAAAAGACUAAAACUUGUUACACAGCACUGGCAGCAACACAGUAUCUAGCAGGACUCUUAAGGGGCCGCUACAUCUAGAUUCUAUAAGGUCAAUUUGGAAGACUUGCGUACAACCAAAAUAGGUGCUUGUCAUGAGUAUAGUAGUGUUCUGACGCCAGUGACUGCUGUUUUAGAAUAGCCUAGAUCCCGAAUGAUUUGUGCCUUGUUAGUUUCAAGAGUCAAAGCCAAGUGCUUUCUUUGGCACCACUCACUCCGAUACAGUCCAGACAGUCUAGUUUUUGGACAUGUUCUUUUGAAUGAGUUGAUUAAACCACUGCCAUGACUGAACUAUUGGUUAGGCUUAGAAUCAUUCUAAGACGACACACUAAGGUAAAAAAAAAAAAAAGUUAAAUGUGCUAUUGUAAAUGUCUGUUUAGUCACCUCACUUUGUCAUGACAGUAAGAAAAUGAUUUGCCUUUAUUUCUGAUAUUGCCUGGUUUUUCACAUAGUCUCCCCAAAAAUUCACCUCGUUAAAAACCAUGCAUGUAAUAUUGAUGUCAAAGGGUAGUGUUUAAAACGUAGAGGACUGGUUGAACUGUUGCCCAGGAAGAUAUUGUUCUCUGGUAAUUUAAACCCAACAGGAAAAGAAGAUUUGUGAAACGGGCACUGACUGAGAGGUCCAGACUAGUAGUUAUUCUGGGAAGGAUACCAGGUGAAAUCAGUGCUGCAUCAAACCUACCUAACGUGGAUUUAUAACCGUUGUCUCCACUCUAUUCAAGUAUUGGUUCUGUUUCAUUUGUAGUGAAAUAAUUCUGAAACGUUUUUAUAUUGUUGUGUAUGGCCUUGUUGAUUACACUGGUGUGACCUAUGAACUCUGUUCUUCAUCCCAAAGGUUGCAAAUAAUGCAAAAGUCAAGUUAUUUCACCAUUCAUUCAACACAUUGGAAGAUGAGGGACUGUUCAUUCAUUGCAUUCAGACAUCGUUUGUAGACCAACUUCUGAUUUAUUUUUUUAUCCACAACACUAGUGCCUUAUUUCUGAAGUUGAGCCUAAAUGUUUUUCAUUUUGACCACCGUUCCUUAUUUCUGUAUGUACUGUAGGCAAUGAGAAUGUCACUAUCACCCCAGAUGGAAAUUGUGCUUACUAAUGGGAAAUGCUAUUUAAGCUCCGUAAGCCCCUCUGAUGAAUGAAUACCUAUCAGCUUGUAGAAUCUUUUCACCAUUUCCUGUAUAUUAGGUGAUGAGUACUUGCGUAUAUGUUGAAAUGUUUGCUUGUGGGCCAAGGGCAUUCUGCAGCUUUGUUAUAUUAGCCUAUUGUCCACAGAUAUCUUGAGUAUUAGCUCUGAUGAGAUGCGAGGGGAAACUCCGUAUGUCUUCUAACUGUCCCGUUUUCAGGGUGUACUGAAUGACCUGGAUUAAUAAAAUGUGUACGCCCACUUGAAA